CACGCACAGAACACACCCACCUAAAGACUUCUGCAUCGCAUUUCUCCCUCGCUAGGUUCUGUUUAAGAAAAAGGCUGAUAAGACUCAAAUCAAAUCAAAAUGCUUUCGCUUCUCCUCUCUGCUGAGCUUACAGGGGUCACCGACCUUCGGCCAAAGGACACGGAGCAAGAGCCAUACUUUUACACCUUCAAGGUACAAUGCACUUCUUGCCGCGAGGUGCAUCCGAACUGGGUCAGCUUCAAUCGCUUUGAGCAACACGAGAUCCCCGGAAGUCGGGGCGAGGCCAACUUUGUGUGGAAAUGCAAGCUUUGCCAGAAAACCCAUUCCGCUUCGAUCGUCAACGGUCCGCAUGCCUAUGAAGGAGAUGAGAAGCGCAAGGGCAGCAAAGUGAUCGAGAUCGACUGUCGUGGACUGGAGUUCACGGAGUUCAAGCCUGAUGGAGAUUGGGAGGCAAAGGGCAUUGAUUCGUCCACGCCUUUCACUGGUAUAGAUUUGUCCGAGGGAGAAUGGUAUGAUUAUGACGAGAAAGCCGGGGAGGAGGUCUCCAUUAAGGAAAUCAGCUGGCAGGUGGGAAGAGGUUGAGAUGUAUUAGCCGACGAUUUUACGUCGAGGGGAUUAUUUCUGUAGCAUUCUGUGUCAGUAUCUUCAUUCAGCUCAUUUCGAGCUUUCAAUUCAUUUGUCACGUGGUG